AUGCGUCAGGUGUGCAUCUUCUCCGGCUCCUCCCACCCCCAACUCGUCCAAUCCAUCUGCGACCGCCUGGGCCAGAAGGUUUCCAAGGCCAAUCUCAAGAAAUUCGCCAAUGGCGAAACCUCCGUAGAGAUCCAGACGUCGGUGCGCGAUCAAGAUGUCUUCAUUGUUCAGAGUGGCAGCGGAGGCAUCAAUGAUAAUGUCAUUGAAAUGCUCAUCAUGAUUGCCGCCUGCAAAGGCGGCUCUUCUCGCUCCAUCACCGCUGUCGUCCCCUACUUCCCCUACUCCAGACAAAGCAAGCAAAAAACCCAUCGAUCCGCCAUCACCGCCAGAAUGCUCGCCAACCUCAUGCGCGUUGCCGGCGUCGACCACGUCGUCACCAUCGAUCUUCACGCCACCCAAAUGCAAGGCUUCUUCAAGUGUCCGGUCGACAACCUCCGAGCCGAGCCGCUCAUCGCGAAAUGGAUCCGAUUGAACAUCCCCGACUGGCGAGAGGCGGUGGUGGUCAGCAAGAAUCCUGGCGGCACAAAACGCGUCACCUCUCUCGCAGACGUCUUGCAGUUGAGCUUUGGCAUAGUCACCACGGACCGGCGAAGACAGCACCCACCGGGGAGCAUGCACAACAGCGCAAUCUUUGAACCGAUUGGAACAGAUGGCACAAAUGAGCCGGGCACACUCAAGGAAGAGGCCGCACUCGUGGAGGAAUUCGAGCGUGCAACCAUCCAGCCCGAUUCCGCACAAACAAAUCAUUCUACAAACGGCUGGCGUCCUCGCCCUCACCGCUCCGUGAGCACGACAUCCAACAACAUGCGGAAUCGUUUAUCUAACGGCCAUGGCGACUACACCUCCAGUCCUUUGGUCAACUCCACCAGGGCUGCAUCGAUUACGACUGAUGACGAAGGUGACGGCUCCCACCCUCUGCAAAGAGUGACAACGGCCCCUGGCGUCUCCAGGUUGCACCGUGAUGAUGAUGGCUACGAAGAUUCCGACGACGACGACGACGACAACACAGAUGAGAACGCCCGAGACGUCAUCACCGGCCGCCUAAUCCACGGCCACAUAGUCGACGACGACGACGACUUCGUCUCCAUGCGCUCCGCCUCCAUCCACGAAACCGACGACCACCCCGCAGACACCAUGGCACAAAGCUUCAUCUCCACCACAUCCGAACGCAUGCGCGCGCCCCGCCAUGGCCUCGGUGGCACCGGCGACGCGACCGCCUCCGACGAAGAAGAAGAAGAGGCACUUCAAGACCCCGACAUCGAAACGACCGUCACCCUCGUAGGCAACGUGCGCAACAAACCCGUGCUCAUCGUCGACGACAUGAUCGACAAAGCAGGCUCAUGGAUCGCCGCGGCCGAAACGGUGGUGAAGCGCGGCGGCGCGACCAAAGUCUACUGCAUGGCGACGCACGGGCUCUUCGGCGGCAACAGUUUGCACGAGCUCGAGCAGUGCGAAGAAAUCGAGGCGGUCGUCGUCACCGAUGCCUUUCCCAUUCCGGCGGAGAAGAAGCGCGGCAUUUCGAAGCUCGUCGAGCUGGAUGUUAGUGGCUUGUUGGCUGAGGCGAUUCGGAGGAACCACUAUGGCGAGAGCAUCAGUCAGCUCUACCAGCAUUUCGAGUGA